AUGUUGACAGACAUCACAGGACAACCUCUCGGAUCAGCUUCUUCAAGUGCUACAUCUCACAAGAACAAUAUUAUGGUUAUGGUCAACAUUUAGUGUCCAUCAUUCUCGGCAUCUUGGUCCCCUUUUGUUCCCCUGUAUUCUUCUCAUGAAUAUUACAAGGUAAAAGGGGCCCCAAGAAAAGGGGGGCCGAGAUGCAAUCGUUCGAGUCGCAGACUCUAAUAUGGUUAACAACGGCGCAACAACUUCUACUGGAACAAGACGAGCUUCGUUACUACCAGGAGCAGCUCCGACAGGUGGUGGACCAGUCGCGGGAUCUUCAAUGUCUGACCCUGCUGACAUUAAGGUUUUUACCAUAUUGACACUAACCCAAGGUUUGCACCCUAGUUAUCCAAGGUUUGAACUCUUGUUGCAUUCCCAUUAGCAUUGUUUACCAACAUCCUUGGCUUGUAGUUUUCCUCCAGUAGGAAACAGGGAGUGCUGCUGCUCUUCAAGAAUUGUGAAGAACUCCUGAGGAAGGAGUCAGGGACGUUGACCUGGAGAAAGAAUACAGCAGCCGCCUCUAACGAUAAGAAGAUCGCCAAUUCAGCCUCUCCCUUUCGGCAUGCGCGUUGUUCCUUGUCGAUUUCUAUGGUGAGCCAUAACAGCUCCGUUCAUGCUGACGUUCGGGAAUUCGAGGUAUCCUCCAUCCUCCACGACGACUCGGAAGCGGAGUUAUCGAGUAACCUGUGGAGAUUGAGGGAACAACAAGAAAUUCCGGAAGGUACUUUUUAUCCUUUGCUGCCUUGUAUCUUGUGGUGUCGGUACGCUCAUGCACCUUUACGUUUACUAGUAGAAAUGUUGAUAUUAAUAUCAAAAUGAAAUAUCCUAUAAUCCAAAAACAAGAUGAAUGUCAUCGCAACUACUUUUCUCCAUUCCACUUCUAUUACCAGAUGCCGAAGUCCCCUGUCCCUUGCCAUAUACGAUUCACGGUGAGGUCGUUGACGAGGUGGAGAAUCGCAGUCUUGACGUGAGAAAACUAUCGAAGCUGGAAGCUGGACAAAAACUUGAGCUUGACGCACCACAAGAAGGCGGACUAUCCUCUUUUAUGUUGGCUCAAAUCAAUUCUAAUUCAUUUCGAUAUCUACAAGUACUAGGGGACUUUUCUAAUUUCCUCCUCAGGUAGGAGUAGGAUUGGUUGAAAUGCAUGCAAGAAGUGAAUUGCUUUGAGCUCUAACUCUUCCUCUGGCCCUCAGGGUGGUGGGAUUGUCAUAGCGUCGUCGCCUGUGGAUCAAGCAGCGACGGCGUCCUUUCUCAAGCUAAAUACGACAGAAGAUGACCAUGAUGAUGAACACGCAUCGGCAUUUGAGGCGGUAGUGCUUAUGGGGCAAGCGUCGAGUAUCAGGGAGGAUAACCAGACACUAGGAGAAGCGAAGGCGGAGGAACAACGUCGUACUAGGGUAUCUUCUAAAAGUGGUGCCAAUUAUGUGGGUACCGGGCCACGUGAUCCUACUUCUUCUACCGCAGCGGGCCCACCUGAUCCUACUUCAUCUGCGGCGAAAAACGCUGCACUAGGAGGUACUACAACAGAAGGGGCUGCACCACGACCACCAUCAUCUACGACUAGUGUGAACUACGACAUGCCACCACCAAGGAGAGCAAGACGGUCAUCUUGUGCUGGAGCUGGGUUCGAAAGGCCACAGCUGGAAGCAGCAACAGCGACGAACAAUAGUAGUCAAAAAACUCUUGUCAAAGAGGUGCCUCUGCCAGUACUAGAAAAUGACAUCGAAGGCGACGUUCCACCACCACCAGCGAAACGCUCUAGGCGACAUAGUAUUUCUUCCUUCGCUUCUGCUGGCGUCUCAAACCCGCAAUUAGACGAAGGAAUGAUCGCACCAAGUCAAGGCGAUUGGCAAGGAUCUAGUCAAAUCCAUAGUCAAAACACGAGUCGCAUCAUGGGGCCACCUCCUCGGUCGUCCGCACGUGGGAGAAGAAGCAGCGGUGCUGGUGGACCUGGUGUUGACUUUUCAACAUUAUCUAGUAGAGUACUAGGAGGGACUCCGUCAGCAACGGGAGGAGGGCGUGGUAUGUUGGCUGGAUUGUCAGAUGUAGAAGUGCAGAUAUUGGAAGAUGAUGGUGACGAAGUAAAUAAGAAAGACGAACCAAGACCACGAGAGCAGGACCAAAAAAGGCAUAUUAGCAAGCCACCAGAAUUAGAUGGACAAGCUGGUGCACAGGAAAACCAGUCCUGCUCUGCUCUUCCGACUCCUCCUGCGCAAAGUCAACAUGUUGAGCAUAAUUCCUGUAGUUCUAAGUCUAUUGCUACUCCCGUCUUCGGCACAGGAGGAGCAAGCAAGAGUAGUCGUGGAGGCGAUGCGGCAGUCGUCUUUGUUCCUAAGAACAAUCUCGAUAUCUCCUUCGGCGCAGCCUGCUCAAGUCAAGGUGAUCCAGUGAGUGAACCUAGGACCAACAGUAACAAGAUGAAGAUGCAACGAGCAGGAGGGGAUGGUGGGAUUGAUACUGUCGCUGGAGUAAAUAAAACUGGACUAGAACGAGGACAAGGUGACUCAUGUGGUGGAAACGAAAAGUUGGGAGGUCCUCGUGCUAACUCAGGAGCUCCAAGCUUUGGGGGAGGUGGGAGCCAGGCAUCACAGCCUAGCGAUCUAGUUGUUGGCUCAGCAUCUUCAUCUAGGGUUGUAGUACCAGCUGCAUAUCAACCUCAACAGCCUUCACCAGUUUCACCGCCUGCAGGAGCCAGAAAUUUCAAGAAUUUGACGACGACAGCAGCACUAGCUGCGCCCGGUCAAGUGGGAGCUUCUUCCAGUAGUGGCUCCUCCGCGAACAAGACAAGUAAAAUGCCUAUUCAAGACGUGCUCAGUAGCCUAAGACAGAACACAGUAUCUCCAGGACUGAGUCGUCUCCGCGCUCCCGGAUUCGUAGUGUCGAAGAUCAAAAGCGCCCUCUUUCAGACCGCUGGAGGAGAUGGAUCUGGCGGACAACUAUGUGCAUCGGCUGCUUCUUCUUCUGCAGGGCCAGCUCCAGUAGCACAGUUUGGCACAACAGCACCAGCAGCACCACCAGCGGCAAGUACAACAACUAGAGCCGCGGGUGGGUUAGCCUCUUCACCUCGUGAUGAGGGUAAAAUGAGUAAUAUGCGAGCAGCAAUCCAAAGUAUAUUUAGUCCUAGAGCGCCGCCUGGUGGAGGUCUAGGAGGAGCAGACCCACCAGGCCGCGGAUCCCAACAAGGGGGCCUUGGCUCACAGCUCCGACAUUUCAUAUCGCCUGGAGGUGCAGCAUCGAGGAGACGGUCGAGUAGAUUCUCCUUGUUAGAACUGAGUCCUAUUGCUGCAGUGAGUACCUGCGAAUUGAACGAGUCGCAUUCGCUAAAUAACUCGUUGUUCAUGGCGCAGCCGGAGCGAGGUAGCGGAACCAGCAGGGCUAGUGCCUUAGUGGACGAACUCGCGAGAAAUAGCAAGAUAUUGAAAAACCAAGAAGGAGAACAGAACCAGAUGAAUAAGAUGGCAGCAUUUUCCUCUGUGGCCAGGAAUCUUGUUUUCAAUGCGCCUCCCGAUGCAGGUGAUGCAGAAUUUGCAGCUAACGGCAAGAAUGCUAGGAUAGAAAUAGAGGACGAGGAUGAGCUGGACGAACAGAAGGACCCCCAAGCUAAGAGAAGAAUACAAGACACAGGAGGAGCUGUCGCUUUGGACGAUCCAUUUGCCAGUAACGAGCCCGACGUGCCGGCAUCUGGGGGUGCCAAAGAAGUUGUAGAAGAUCUGACGCAACAGCUGAAACGCUUGCACAGCCGCUCACGCAGUAUAAGCGGUGACUUCUUUUCGCCCGUUCCUGCAGUACCUCCAGGACCUUCAGUGGAGCAAGCAGUUGAAAACGUCAGCUCCGGUCCUAAGAAGAACGUUGCUGCUGCGGUCGUAGUUGCUCCACCUUCAGGAUCUUCAGUUCGCGCCGUAGUGGGCAAGUCUACUUCAUCGGCGAAAGCUUUACAGCCUAACAACGUGGCCAACAAAGCUCCUAGGCUUGUUGGAGGUUGUGCUCUGUCGUCGACCGCACCACCACCAGUAUCUUCUUCCUCACAAAUGCAUAAGAACGGUCCAUCCGCUCUGACGAAGAAGCCCCAACCCCUUCUACACCAACAAAAAACCGCUCAACUACAUCCAUCUACUGGAACACCAUCUCUUCUACACCAACAAAAGUCCACUCAACUACAUCCAUCUUCCGGAAUCGGAACAACUGGUACGGGAGCCACGGGAACGUCGACUACAUUCUUUAGUUCCAAGAUGAAGAAUCUCAAUCUUACACCCAGUCGUUAUAUGACUCCUGCACACAAGUCUGCUAGUUGUACUGCUUACGGAGGAUUGUAUAAUCCUCCCCAGCGCAGCACCCCAGCGUUGAUUCGACCAAGCAUUUUAGACACAGCCUCGCUAGAUGACUUACUUGCGGCACGCGAUAGCAAGGGACCACCAGCAGGCUUGCUUCGGUGUACUUGCGGACGUGUGCACAGAAUGAAACGCCCGUGUCAUGCUCAUCCGCCCACAAAGGGUAAGUAGACGCUGCGAAAACAUUUCGUCGUAGGGAGCCCCUACGUGCAUACUGCAGGAGUGACCAUCGCUCGCAUCAAGAACCUUCUUCGCAACAUGUUGAACUCAGACUUUUUCUUCCAGGUCCUAUUGUUCUCUCACUUCUAGGAUUUUUUCAGCGCUCGCGAUUAAUACUGCUCGUUGUCUGGAAAAUAUAUAUGAUUUGAAGUCCUACCAUUACCAUCUGACUCCUUGAUGAGCAACAUAUUGUUCUUGAUUCUUGAGUGAGUCGUCUUGAAUAUUGUAAGGAGCUGCACAUGAUGGAGAUCCCCUAUUCCAUGUGAGCGCACCACAGACUCCAUUAUGUUACUUAACAACAUCAGCGCUGGCAUGUACGAGUCCUAAGAUGGCGACAGCACACCAGUAUGCAGCUGUGACGACAUCUCUUUCUACUUCUAAAUGUCAUACAACUGGAUCAAAGUGAAGAUCUACAGAAGCAGGCUCGUCGUCCUCGCUGGUGAUAGUAUAUUUUUCAUCAUCUAGAAGUGCUACUAUAUUUUUCAUCAUCUAGAAGUACUAGCUCGACUUGUUCUUCUUUUACUCGCAUCAAACUCGAUCGGCAUCUUGAUACAUACUAGUUGCUGCUCUUCUAGUUCGGAGGAUCAUCGUGGAUUGCCACGCACUUCAUUUACAAGAUUGAACACGAGGUCUCCCCGACUAAAGCAGCGGAAGAAGGAAUUGUGGAAUUUCAAAAGGGAAUUGCAUCUAAGUAGACGCUAUAGAAGAUGUCCUCACUGUGCACAGAAAUGCUCCAAUGCCUAAGCCGCGCGAGACGGGGCAGAAGAGAUAUCACCUGGCACAGCAACAGUUACGGAAUCUUGUUGUACUUAU